GUGGAGAGAGGAGGAGGAGAUGAUCCCGUCCUCCAGCUCCAAGGCCCCGAGCCAGACCCACCCAGAGCCCCAGUUUCAAACCUCUCGUCCCGCCCGUCCGCCUGGACCCCGCAACCGGACCCCCGUCGGGAAUUAGCGGGACCGCCAUCGUGUGGUAACUGCGGUCAGGACGCCCGUGCAGCUGACGGUGCGCAAAGGACGGACCCAAACAAGGCCGUCAGUUUCUACAAGUGCAACGCCGGCACCUGCAACUUCUUCCUGUGGGCGGACGAGCCGGGCCCAGCAGGGGGUCCAGUGCAGCCUCCUCAGCCCAAGACCUCCCUGGGGUUCAGAAACGGACAGACGGGAGGCAGAGGCAGGACGAGGGAGUGGGGGGGACCAGACGAUGUGUAACUGUAACGAGGAGGCGGUGAGCGCCACGGUGCAGAAGACGGACCCAACAAAAGGACGCACGUUCCCACACCUGCGGGAACCAGAGAGCAGAGCGGCGCUUCUUCUGUGGCGGCACGAGAACGAACCUCCACCAGUGUCGUUCGGGGGAGGAGGAUUUAACGGAGGUGGAGGAUUUAACGGAGGUGAUGUUGGGGGAGACGGAGGGAGGAAAGGGAGGAAGACCUCAGCUAAAGACGCUACAAAACCUCCAGCUGCGAAGAAACCCCGAACCUGUGGGAUCUGCCACAUGCCGGGACACACCCGCACCACCUGUCCCCAGCGGUGACCCCCCUGCAGAGAGACACUUUGUGGAGGCAGGUUUUCACAUAUGCAACAAUAAGCACCUCUUUAAUGGACACGGAGCUCUUCUUCUUCUUCUUCUUCUGUGGUUUCCCCCAAAAAGCGACUCCAAAUGGUCCAGCAUUUUUCCGAUGCAUGCUCCUCGUUUUGAACUCUGUUUGAACUCUACCAGACGAAAAGAGGAGUACGUUUAGACUUUUUUUAAAGCCUGCUGGUGCUCAGUUUCCUGAAUGUCCCUCGAGAGUUAAUGUGAAAUGUGCUCAGCUGAAUCAAAAUGAACACAUUGUCUUUUGUUUUUAAUGUAUUCACAGUCCUGAUGACUUUCACGAAGGAGAUUCUGACUCCUCAACACAUGUGUUUUUAAGAAUUUGCACAGUUUCUUAAUAAUUAACGGUGGUAUUAAUAUGUUUACUUUUGAUCAUUGUCACCGUCUCUUACAGCAGUUUAAAAUGUGUUGAUCCUUGAAGGUGGAAGAACAGCAGAAUGUGUUUUUAUUUUGUAAAUAUAAUGAGUGCAAAAGACUCUCUGUAGCUCUGAGGCAUCGUCAGUACCAAAGGUUUUAUUUGAAUAUUGAUGAAUGCUAAUAAAUAUACUAAAUCCUU